AGGACCUUGAGGCUGGGCUGUGACAGCAUCCGUAGGGUCUACGGCUUAUGACUGAAGCAGGAGCUUUCUGGGCCUUCAGGGCUCGUCUUUGGGAUGCUGUAUCCUGCUUAUUACUCGUACAAAGCUGUGAAGACAAAAAAUGUGAAGGAAUAUGUUCGCUGGAUGAUGUAUUGGAUUGUGUUUGCUCUCUAUACAGUUACUGAAACAAUAACUGACCUAACAGUCUCCUGGUUUCCACUGUAUUAUGAACUGAAGAUUGCUUUUGUUGUUUGGCUCCUUUCCCCAUAUACAAGAGGAGCAAGUUUAAUCUACAGGAAACUUCUUCAUCCUCUUCUCUCUUCUAAAGAAAGGGAGAUUGAUGAAUAUAUUGUGCAAGCCAAAGAAAAAGGCUAUGAGACCAUGGUGAAUUUUGGAAGACAAGGGUUGAAUUUAGCAGCCUCUGCUGCAGUGACAGCAGCUGUGAAGAGUCAAGGUGCAAUAACCGAGAAGCUGAGAAGUUUCAGUAUGCAUGACCUGACCACUAUACAAGGAGAUGAGCCAGUGGGCCAGAGACCCUAUCAAACACUGCCAGAAACAAAAAGGAAAACCAGAGCCUCUACAAGUGAAUCUGCAGGUUACAAAAUGCCUUUGGAAAAAAAUCCUGGAGAUGAUAAAACAGAUGAAGACAUGGAGGGGACACAUUCAGAAGAUGAGAUGUUUGCUCAGAGGGGCCUUCGAAGGUCUCAAAGCAUGAAAUCUGUGAAAACUAUUAAAGGCCGUAAGGAGAUACGCUAUGGAUCACUGAAAUACAGAGUAAAGAAGAGGCCUACAGUAUAUUUUUGAGUGUACAGCACAAUGCUUGCAAGCAUUAACUACUGUAUUCUAAUAAUUUCAGUACAUCAAGUUUUAAAGAUCUGUGUGUAAUUCAUAUCAUGAAUAUGUAUGAAUAGAUAUGGGAGGACUUGGGUUUUAGGAGCCUGUGGGAUAAAGUAUUCCUCUGCUUUUAUGUAAUUACAUGUUAUUUGGACAAAUCUGGACAGGCUAUAAUAUGAGUUUCAGCGCUCAUUAGAUGAGAAUUAAAUGAAUAACA